ACGCUCGUUUUGUUUAUUGGAAUAGGAGUCGUUGGUCUAUCCCAUUGAAUAUUCUCUGCGGCAUCCCUAGGCGGCAUUCUUGCACAACCCCCAUUUCAGACACAGACUUCAGUCCAAACACUUCUGGGACUGCCACCCGGGGAGGACGUUCACGCAGUUCAAACGAUUUGGAGAGAGUGGUGACACUUUGUUUAGGGAAUGCAGCAGGGGUCUCCCCCUUAAGUUUAACGUUGUUUUUAUUUCCCGCAAGAAGAAUUGUUUUAUUCGGUCUGAUGAAUUUUGAGGACUCUGCAAGUUGUGGCUUCUGUGUAGUUUACGGAAACUUCGGUCGGACGGGAUAUGUAACAAACACAGAAUGUGAUAAUUCCACUUGCUGGUCUGGUUGGAAAGACGAAUUCGAUCAAGAGGAGCCCAAGUUGUGCUAUAGAGGAUGAAAAAUGCAGAUCUCUUUUUGCCUACUAUUAUUUAUUUUUCAUAGCAAUGUGGGAGUACAAGGAUUGCGGUUCACCAAGAACCCUGCCAAUCUCACGGUGACCCAAGGCAACAUGGCCCGCCUGGGCUGUGCCAUUGAAGGCCUUAUGAACGAGCCAGACAUCGUGUGGAUGAAGGACGGGGAGAAGCUGUAUAGCACAGACCAGAUGUACAUAACUCUGGAGGCCCAACACUGGGAGACCUUCUACAGUGUGAGGAGCGUUCAGCAGCAGGAUGCCGGGUUGUACUGGUGUGAGGUAGAGUUACACGGAAAAACCAUUUCGUCUGAGCCAGCCUGGAUAACAGUAGAAGGUGUGCCCCACUUUGUGUUGGAGCCACAGGAUGUUGCCACUCUCCCCGGGGUUCCCUUCAACCUCACCUGUGCCGCCGUGGGGCCCCCCAACCCUGUGGAGGUGCUGUGGUGGCUAGGAGACGAGCAGGUGGGGGGCACCAUGUCCUCCCCGUCCGUGCUGAACGUUGCCGGCAAAAAUGAAAGCAUAAAGUUUUACUGUGAGGCCAAGAAUGACAGAGGAAUCUCGUCGUCCCGCACUGGCACCGUUCACAUAAAAGUGUUGCCUGAUCCCCCCAAAGAAGUGCAGGUGGUCCAGAUACUGGAGAGUAACAUCACCUUGAGGUGGUCACCAGGGUUCACUGGGCACUCAGACCUACAGAACUGCACCAUACAGAUGUCAAAGAUGUCUAAGGCCUCUGGAUGGAAGAUGGCCCUUCCAGAACGCCCUGUGAUGGUGCCACCAUACCAGGUGGCGAUUGGUGGACUCCAGUGCCACUCAAACUACAGUGUGCGAAUCCGCUGUGCCAAUGAAGUGGGAUCCUCCGCAUUCUCAUCCUGGGUGAACUUUCAGACCCCUGAAUCAGUGCCCUUGGCUGCACCGAAGAACCUGACCUUUGACCUGUCGGAGCAGCAGCUGACCUUGACCUGGGCGGCCCUGGAGGAAGAGGAUCUCGGAGGGCAGCUCCUGGCCUAUAAGGUGCAAUGGAGUCUGGGAGGAGAGAGCCAGGAUGCAUUGCUGUUUAAGGAGAGUGUGGCCCACCUAUCUGGAGGUGGUCGCUUCUUCAACGCUACUUUCCAGGUAGCGGCGUGUACAGUGGUGGGGUGUGGGCCCUGGAGCCCGCCUGUGCUGGUUAUGCCUGCCUCAGCUCUAAACGGACAGACCCAGCGAGGGCACAUGUGGGUGGGGCUGUUGCUCGGCCUCCUGGUGGCCACCAUGGUGGGCCUCCUCCUGUCAGUCCUGGUGCACCGCAGGGGCAAGGAGACGCAGUUCGGGUCUGUCUUCAAACCACCAGGGACAGAGAGCACCGUCACUUUCACAGCGGCGAGGUCUUUCAACAGACAGUGCCCGGAGCUGCCAGAAACCACCUUGGACAGCCUGGGAAUCAACGAUGACCUGAAGACCAAACUGCGAGACGUUUUGAUUCCAGAGAGACUGUUGACACUCGGCCAUAUGCUUGGGAAAGGAGAGUUUGGGUCGGUGAGGGAGGCGUUUUUCAAGAUGGAGGACAGCACUGUUCAGAAGGUGGCGGUGAAAGUUCUCAAGAGUGACAUCAGUUCUUCAAGUGACAUUGAACAAUGCCUCAAAGAGGCUGCCUAUAUGAAGGAUUUCCAUCAUCCCAACGUCAUCCAACUCAUAGGGGUGAGUUUGCAUCGCCGUCCUCAGCAACGACUGCCCAUCCCCAUGGUGAUUCUUCCCUUCAUGAAGCACGGGGACUUGCACACGUUUCUCCUCAUGUCGCGCCUCGGGGAUGAGCCCUUCACACUAUCGCUACAAACGCUGAUCCAGUUCAUGCUGGAUAUUGCCCGGGGGAUGGAGUAUCUUAGCAACAAAAACAUCAUCCACAGGGACCUGGCUGCUCGAAACUGCAUGCUAAAUGAAAGCAUGACCGUAUGUGUGGCGGACUUUGGCCUGUCCAAGAAAAUCUACAGCGGUGACUACUACAGACAAGGUUCUGUGUCCAAGCUGCCUGUCAAGUGGAUCGCACUAGAAAGUCUGGCUGACAACGUCUACACUACUCAGAGUGAUGUGUGGGCAUUUGGAGUGACCAUGUGGGAGAUUAUGGCCCGUGGGCAAACCCCUUACCCUGGGGUGGAGAACUCUGAAAUCUACGAGUACCUCAUCAAGGGAGAGAGGCUCAAGAAGCCACCAGACUGCCGCGAUGACAUUUAUGAGAUUAUGCACAGUUGUUGGAGUCCCGUGCCCAAGUGCCGCCCCAGCUUCCAGCAGCUGAUCGACCAGCUGGAGAACCUUUGGGCGGGGCUGUCUCCCGCGCCCUCCAAGGAGCCGCAGCUCUACGUGAACCUGGAAGGGGAGGACCUGGAUGGGGGUGCGGAGCAGGUGGCCAGGGCCGGGGCCUCCUCGGGUCCUGCGGCUGGGGUGUCCUGGGGGGUGCCCUGGCAGUGUGCGGGCAUGGAGGAGGACGAGAAAGACUGGCUGAUGGUGUCAUCAGGGGCAGCGCGGGCCAUUGGUGGAGACUACCGCUACAUUAUUGGUCCCCAUUGUGGGCUGGACGAUGAGGGCAGGCCAUCGUCGGAUGGACUCUCGGAGGACAUCAGGGACGAAGAUGAGGAUGCAGUCAUUAACGUUUGAGUUAUUUAAAAACAUGCUUGUUUGUUUAUCGUCGUUGCCUUCAUUUCCCCCUCAUCUGUGGACAGUUAACACACAUGUGGAAGGACUGGAGACACGUUGUGGACACAUCCGACACACAGCUGUGAUUACAAAAGACUAUACAUCCGUAACUGACUUUUAAUGAAAUUGAGGAAAUGUGUUGAAGAUUUUAAGGAUAUUUAACAGAUGUCUCCUCCAUACUGUGGUGUUCCUGUUGAGGAACCACAGAAGAAACCCUCACAAACAACAAUCGUGCUGCUGUUAACGCCGUGAUAAUAAUGACCUUACACUAAUCUCAAGUAGCAUUUUCAUUCUCAUACUGUUUAUAAUGAAAGUUCAAUGUAAUUUUUGUAUGACCCGUAGUCUGACUAGAGGCACAUUUUAGCAGGGUUCGCAAAUGUAGAUUACUAAUGAUAUUGUAGCAGCAGGGUUCCACUAUUUGGAACAUUGUCAUGGUUGUUAAGCAAACUUUUGUGGGCCUUGACAGCAUCCUAAAUGUUAAGUAAGCUGCCCCUUUUUCAUAAGUACCGUAGAUAUUUAGCCAUGGGCAAGCAAUAAUAAUAAUAAUAAUAAUAAUAGCACAGGAACACAUUUCUAAUAAUCUGAAUAUCUCACAUCCAACAAUUAAUGUCACAAGGGAGAUUUUGUCAUUUCCUCUUAUUUUAUAAUAUUAUUAAUAUUUGUCUUAAACUCUGUGUGGACAGUAAACGCAGUUUCAGGUUUAAUGACACAACUUUGAAAGAUUGUACAUUUGUGUGAGUUACAAGUUCCCAGCCUAGUUGACAUAGUUUGGAUGGAACCUGCAUUAGUAUGGAACCUAUUCCAUAGCAUUCCAUAUAUGGGAUAUUAAGGGAAGUGUAUUACUUUAUUCAAAGUGUCCUAUUGUUUCUAUACUGUGUUGCAUGUCAAAGGGCCUGAUGUUUAUGAAGGAGGAACAUCCAAAGUAGAGAUGAAGCGAGUCUCUAUUAAAAAUUGCCAAUUUUUUCUUCUUCAAUUAAUGUAAUGAUCAUUUGUUUCAGUAGGAUGUUUUACUAUUUUUCUUGGCUUCAUCCAAGAGGAAUAGAAGCUUGUAGAACAUUAAGCUUGAUGUGACUAUUACCUUGAGAUAAGUCCUAAAAUGCUUGCAUCUGGCCCAUAUUUUGAGAUUUAGCAACAGCUGGUCUUCAAAACUCUUGUUGAUUUAUUUGCUAAAAGUAAACUGGAUGAAGUUUGGAUUACUGUUGUACUUUUGCAUUUAAUGUAUGUAUUUAUAUUGAGACCCACACCCUUAUAAAUGAAUAAUCAUUUUGCUGGUCUAUGUUACUGUCAAAAGAGGAACUGAUGACAAUCCAAGUCUCAUCCAAUGUACUUGAAAGAGAUGUACAAGACACUGAGAAGAACUGAAGAGCUACUAUUGCAAAAGCUCAAAUCACACUAGGACCUAUAGGUUGAACAUUAUAGGACUCACAUGGACUAGGUAAAGGUCACAUAGAGCUUAAUGGUUUUCAAAAAUAUGUGCCCCUUUACCAUAGCGCACUGAGCUCUAAUGCCAUUUGAGUGAUGAUAGUAAUGUGGUCAUUCCAACAUUUUCAGAAAAAGCAAGUCUUUUUUUUUCUUCAUGCAUUACAUAUAGUCAAACUCCGGUCUGGUUUUCCAGGACAUGUUUAAAAAAAACUGCACUCCCUACAGAAGGAAAAUUGAACAGAAACCUGUAAAAUCCCUUGCUGAGGUUGCUCACCUUCAAUGAAUAUCACCACUCAUUUAGUAUGUAUAGUGAUUGUCAUUAUCUCAACCAGUCAAUUUUAGUUGACUUGGAGGAUACUCUUCACAUAUCUUUGUUAUAAUCAUGAAUAAUAUUUAACACGUUGUCAUACACUCACGGCAAGGGAGUAAACAAUUUAAAUGUUGACGUGAAAUGGUUAAGGCCAUGAAACUUUGGUAUCUUAGGUGAUGUGUUCAAAGUGUGAUGACCAUAAUGUAUAAACUGGUAAUGUCUGUUUAAACAGCCUUAUGCUGAAUACAUGUCUAGGGUACAUUACAGCCUUAUGCUGAAUACAUGUCUAUGGUACAUUGCAAACUGUGAGUGAACAAAACUUCCACAUGUUUAUGACACAAUGGAACUGUGGAUAUUUUGGGGACUUAAAGGCUCAAAAGGUGUUUUUUAUUGUUGUUGUCCUGAGUAAACAUGUUUCCAGGCAUGCCAUAUUGAUGCAACUCUGACAAAAACAGUGAAAAUAUCAGUUUUCCCUAUAUCUUGAUUCUUUGUUUCAACUUUUUUUUAAUUGCUUUUCAUUUUUCAUGUCCAAUAGUGGACAACCAAUAUGAGAAUGAACAGAACGGUUUGAAAUCAUUGUAUUUCAAUAAUGCUUUUUAGAAUUAUAUUAUUAUUUGAAGUCUAGAAUCAAUUUAGUUUUUUGACAGUAAAAACUACAUAUUUUCACCUUUAACUAAACCGGGCCUUUGAGGCAAACAUUUUUACAAAAAUGCAAGUUGUUGAUUUUUCAUAGAGUUUCUAAGGGGAAAGGCUAUCCUCAUGUGACAGCUUAUGCCCCCAAAAGAUUUAAGGUUUUGUAUUGCUGCACAGCAUUAUGAAAAUUAAUAAAUAUGACUUAUGACUCCA